AUGUCAGACCUUAAAGCCACAGUCGAAGAGACCGCGGCUGGAUUCGAUGUGCGAGGUUGUGAAGAGAUCAAGUACAGCUUUACCUUCCUUGAUGGUGUUUUCGACACCAAGAAUGGUCAAUUGGCUGAGAGCUACAAGAAAUGGGGUCGUUGCCUUGCCAUCAUGGACUAUAACAUCUUCUCAGUGUACGGCGAACAGGUUCAACACUACUUUGACCAUUAUGGCAUCAACCUUGAUGUUCACAAAACUAUGAUCGGCGAGAAAGCCAAAUCUAUCGACACUUUUCUCAGCAUUGUCGAUUCCAUGAAUAAGUUUGGGAUCUACAGAAAAGAGCCGGUUCUAGUCAUUGGCGGUGGACUUGUCACUGACGUUGCUGGAUACGCAUGCGCUUCGUACCGUAGAAACACAAACUACAUCCGAGUCCCCACCACUGUGAUCGGUCUGAUCGACGCUUCUGUCUCAAUCAAGGUUGCCGUCAACUAUGGUAACUACAAGAACCGCCUAGGCGCAUAUCAUGCACCUGUCCAAACUUUCCUCGACUUCACUUUUCUUCGAACACUACCAGAAGCACAAAUCCGAAAUGGUUUUGCCGAGCUUAUCAAGAUCUCGACGUGCGCCCAUCUUCCAACUUUUGAGCUUCUCGACAAAUUUUGCGAACAAUUGAUCGGGACUGGAUUUGGUCGUACAGAUGGGGCACCUCAAGAGGUUCGAGAUGCCGCAGAUGCUAUCAACCGAGCCGGUAUCCAUGAAAUGCUCAAAUUGGAGACACCCAAUUUGCAUGAGCUUGGUCUCGACCGGGUGAUUGCAUAUGGGCACACGUGGUCACCGCUGCACGAACUGGUGCCCGAGAUUCCACUGCGACACGGCCAUGCAAUCUCUAUUGAUAUGGCUUACUCGGCGACCUUAGCCAACAUGAGAGGACUCCUCAGCGACGAGGAGCACGUGAGGCUUCUGAACCUCUUUUCGAGGGCUGGUCUGUCCAUGGAUCAUCACCAAUUCGACGAAGACAUCCUCGAUAAAGGCACCCAAGCCAUACUUCGGACAAGAGACGGCAAGCUUCGAGCUGCUGUGCCUAGCCCUCUCGGAAGAUGCGUCUUCUUGAACGACGUAUCCAUGGAUGAGAUGUAUUCCGCCCUGAGGAAGCACAAAUCAAUAAUGAAGAAUUACCCCCGCCAAGGCCAAGGCCUAGAUGCUUUCGUGGACUCUAGUGACACAGGCUACACACUGAACGAUACGCCACUGGGUAUCAAUGUUGUCAACAGUCUCUCAGAUAAGUUGAACAAGAUUAGCGUCUUGAACGAUGAUACUCGACCAAAUAGAACAGCAGACAACGGAGUCCAUGGCGCUGGAUGGAAUACCACAAAUGCAGCACGAACGGCUACAAAGCCGGCCCCUGUAGCACCAAGGCUGGACGGAUUGAAGAAUGGUUUUGCCAAUGGGACACAUGCUGCACUAAAUGGACAGGCCACUGGUGUCACCAACGGAGUCAACGGCCGUAGUGACGGGGUUAAGGUCAAUUGACACCAUAACAUUGAUAUCUGGGUCUAGUUUAG